ACAAGCAAUGGAGGACGUACUUGCACAUCCGCUGCUAGUUUGCAACAUUUGUGUUUACUACGCGUGAUUUGCGAUUAUAGUGGUUACACGAUAGUGUUGUUUAUUGCUGUGGAAAGUGACGGCGUGGUGAGCACGAGCGGCUCGUUGGCUGUAUGGCGCGUGAACGAUGUGUCUUGGGUGAAAGUAGAGUGCGAGUUGUAGCCUAUGUAGCUGGUUCACUGUUUUAACUGUUACCUUUCGUUUCAGUAUCUGUAACCCAUUUCACACAAUUCCUUACACAACACGUGCAUUUAGUAAGAUGAAGCCCCGUUUUAAAACCACCGUCGGGAGUAAGAGAGAGAGUGAAUCUAUGGCUUUCCAGCGCCCGGCGACGUUGACUGUGAGCAGUGAGCUUUCCACGUCUUUCCAGGAUGAGCUUGCUGCCACAAUACAAGGCGCAUUCGAAGUGGCGGUGGAAAUAGCGGUGCGAGAGGUCAACAAGCUUGUUGGCCAAGCCUUGGGGGACGUUCGCGAUCAGAUGCACGAAACAUUGCGAGAGAACAAAUCUCUGAAAUUACGCUUACAGACAGCUGAAAAGGAGCUGGACUAUGUGCGCCUGGGUGGUGUGGCGGAUGGGGAGGUCCAAGUAUCUGUUUGUCAUUCUGGUCACAUGGAUACCCCAGUCAUUAAUCACAGACUUAAAACAGAAAACCUGGUCGAGAAUCAAACAGAGACCACUCUAAAUGUGUCUGUAAAGAAAACGUCUGAUUAUUUAAUUGUAGAGGCUGAGGCUAGUUGUGAACGCAUUGAUGGUUCAUUCAGUGAGAUCUGUGAGGACGGACGAGUGUGCUCUCAGAGUUUUAACUCAACAGACUCACAUGAAACAGUCUCAUCAUUAGGCAAGCUAAAAGACGUAAAGCAAACUUCUACUCCCUGCCAAGAAAAUAAAGACUCAGCCAGUCACAGUGAUGAACGACAGUCACACGGAGAGGCCACAUCUUCAUAUGAGCCUACGUUAGAACUUCGGGUGAAGGAGGAGAAACCAGACUUGGACCUAGACUCUGGGGCCAUCCCGGGAACGGACUCUCAGCUGGGUUUUGAGGAUGUGGGCGAAGGGCCCGAUGGUUUCCUGUUGGCCCAGUCCAAGUUGCUGGAGGACUGGAGACCAGAAGCCCUGAACCUGCCUAGAUGUGACGCUAAUGCACUCAGCCAAGCUCACCCACCAUUGGUUGUGUCAAUGCAGCAGGCUACAGAGAUGACCUCCACGUCUGUGGGCGGUGUGCCUGUGUUCCCCCCUCCCCUCUCCAGCCUCUACCAGCCCAACGACUCUGCUCCCCUGACUAACCCUCCCCGCCAGAACUGCAACGUCCCUGUCAGGGUCAGCCUUCCUAUCCAACCCCCAUCCUCCUCCUCCGCCUCCUCCUCCUCCGCCUCCUCCUCCUUCAAGCUACACAUGUGUAAGUUCUGCGGCCGCCCCUUCCAGAGGCCCAGUGACCUGCGACGCCACCAGAGCCAGCACCACCGCUCCAAGCCGGCCAACAGCACCUUGCCCCGCACCGGCGGGCGGCCGCCCAAGCAGCAGAAGUUCCCGCCAGGCCGCAGUCCGUAUCACUGCAGCGAGUGCGGCCGGGACUUCAACCGCAUGGAGAACCUCAAGACGCACCUGCGCAUACACACGGGCGAGCGGCCGUACACGUGUUCGGCGUGCGGCGUGCGUUUCCGCCACUCGGGGGCGCUCACGCGGCACUUCCGCAUCCACACAGGCGAGAAGCCCUACGUGUGUGGGCAGUGUGGUAUGUCGUUUAGGAACAGCGGAGGCCUGCGCUUCCACCAGCGACUGCACAACCGCCAGACACAAGUGGGCGGCAUGGGGCAGUGAUCACUCUGCCCUGUGUAACGGAGGCCAACUAGCAGAGUGUGGCGUGGAACCUUAGUAAACUUUCCUCCCGGAGCCUCAUAGAGUAUCGGUGGCGCUGAACUAUCGGACUGGUCCUUUAGCUCAGCAGUAUCAUGUGGUGCCUCCCAUACCCGAACCGAUGCGCUGACUAGGAGGUGGCGAGUUCAAGACCCGAGGUGGACGGAUCACAUCAGUUACACCUGCAGAGUCCGUCAGAGUUGUGAAGUUACCUAUCGGUCCAUGUUGCCAUUUACCAUAUUCACUUGACAUAAUAGUGAUUGCUGUUGUAGAGUUGGAGUGUUUAGAGUGAGACUCUGUUUGUCAUCUUUAUCGAAAUUGAACCUGGCUGUUUCCAGACUUGCAUCAAACAAAGGCGUUUUUCGCGCUAGUGCUUUACCUCAGUAAUAUCUGCUGCUUUUCUUUUGCUAACAACAGCGAAACAAGCAAGGAAAAUGGCAAAAUUGUGCCUAGACCAAAACCACCCCCAACCUGUCACUGGGUGCUAUGGAGCAUGAGUUCACAUGCGGUCUUAGUGCACAGACGCGAUCGACGGUUCAAGUUGGGGUGUUAUCCAAACGCAGUAGCAUGAUGCCAUGUUGCAGUUUGUAAUAAUCCUGCUAACCAGCAAAUGAAACAGAAAACAGAAUGAAGAGCAGUAGUGGGUAAGCAAUGACCAAUACAUUGGAUUAGGAAAAUGUUAUGUUACUUACUCUCUUACUGUUAUUCAAGGGUGCUAUUUAGAGUUUUUAAUUAUUUAUUUACAGCUAUAGGAGUAAGGAAAUCCAACAUAAACAGGCAUACACGAUUAUGAAUGAACACAAACUUCAAAAAAAAUGAAAAAUGUGCCAAUGAAUGGUUCUAAUUUAUGAUGAUGUGAUUUUUUUUUCUUUUACCAUGCAAGCAAUGGUAUGACUAUCAUGGCCCUUUAAAAAAAGAUCAUUUAAAAAAUGUCCCCUUUUGUCCAAUUAUUUUCAAAUGAUGGUGAAUGGUGGUUGCGCCAUUGAUAAUUGUCAUAAUAAGUAUAAUGUAAUUAAAAGAACUCUGUGAAAUAGAAAUGGUCUUGUAUUAAUAGGAAAUAAUUGUGUAAUAUAUAUCAAAGUUCACAUAUAUGUUGAUGUCCUAAAAUUUAAAUAACUAUGGAAAUUCUCUGAACUUGUGUUGCAUGUUACAAAUGGUGCUGUGGGUUUUUUUCUUCUGGAAAGUUAAUGCCUUUCAUUUUCAAGCACAGUGGAAUAAAACCACUAUAAAAUAU